GGGGGACUUACUAGGCACGGGACAUACAACUGUAAACACGAGACAGUCUUCGGGCUGAACACGGAUCAUAUCCCACCACCUUCAUCAUCUCCCUCGUGAUUUAUGCUACCAACAUCUUUUGCUCGGGUCAUUACCCCUAAUAAUGUAAUCCCAGCUGGUCUUCCCUCAUUCACUUUUCUCGCCAUGGUAAAAUCUCACUGUGUCUGCAGGGAUCCCAUGAACAUGUCAUUCCUCUGCUGCCCACCAAUGGCUGCCCACUUGUGGGAGGCAGCAGAGAUGACCACAAGUCUUUCAACUGGAGCCACAUCAAGAGGUAGACUUUAUUUUCAGCUCACUGGACAUUGGGUGGCUUUGUGACUUUGGUCAGUAGGAUGUGGCGGAUGGGACACUGAGCUAGUUCUGAGCAUGGAUUUUUGGAGGUUCUGAGUCCUUCUGCUCUGCUUUUGGAACCUUGUUCCCCCACCCAAUAAAUAGCAGGCAGGAUUUCUGGGAAGAGGGGAUGGGGUGAGCCAAGGAGAACUCCAGGAAAAGACCUUCUAGACCAGUCAAUUACCAAUCAGUCUGUCAGCAGAGACGUUAGAUGCAACUAGAGCAAUGAUGUAGUCUUCUGGAAUCUUCUAGAUGACUUACAAACUCAUAAGCCAAAAGCAUGUGUUUGUUUAAAACUAUCAAGAUGUUCCUAGUCUGCUACAUAGUGGAAACUUACUGAUAAAUCAGAGAAAAAAGUCAAACUUUUUGUCUCGCACAUGGUGUACCAUGCUGACCUUUUCUCCUGCUAAUCUCAGGAUCUGUGAUCCAGAGACACUGGCCUUCCUGCUGCUCCCACCCCAGGUGUGCUGAUAUCCUUGCCUGGAAUUUUCCUCACUUAGAUACCCCCUACUUUUCCUUGGGUUCCUGCUCAAGUAUGACCCCCUUCAUCACACCCUUCCUGACUGGCUUACAGAAGUGGCCAUCCUCAGAAUUCUCCUACCCUGCUUUAUUUUUAUCUGGGACACUGGUCACCCUCUGGUAUAGCUCACCUGUGUACUGUCUGCUCUCGCCACUAAAUAAAAAUUCCACGAGGGUUGAGAUUUUUAUUUUGGUAGGUUUGGUAAUAUUGUCAUCAGGCAGAAUUUUAUCAGUGGACCCUCAAAUGCUUUUGGGACCAUGCAUAUUGUUAAUCCUCAGAUUAAGCAAGGGGAGCAAUUGGCUUUGAGCCACACUGGGAACAUAGCAAGACAUCUUAUUUUAAUGGGGAUAAGUGUUUUACCUGCACCUGUGUGUGUGUGUUGUGUGUGUGUGUGUGUGUACCCUGUGCAUUCCUAGUACAUAAGGAGGCCAGAAGAGGGAGUUGGAGGCUCCAAAACCGGUUGUGAGCCCCAUGUGGGAGCUGGGAAUAGAAAAACGCAAGACCUCUGGUAGAGCAGCCAGUGCUAUUGACUACUGAGCCAUCUCUCCAGCCCCCAAACCUGUUUUAAAAACAGCCUAAGUGCCCAGAUGAGAAUGGGAUUCUUCAGGAAAACUACAAACAUGCUCUCGUUAUGACACACAUGACAAGCAUGAGCAUCUCCAUAGCAUGCUUUACAGGGUAUGGGGACAUUACAAUUCAAACGGUUACUCGCUCCUUGCAGUAACCCUGAGAGGUAGGCAGGGCAGGUGUUAGGUGGGGGUGGACGUGGGUUUUCAUCACGGUUGAUCAGAACCCAAGUCCAGAACUUGUCACCCAUUUUGACAUUCUCUCCUUGCUGGGUUCUGACCUAGUGACUGACUCCUGAAGAUUCAAGGUUAACCUUGAACUCCUGAAGGACCCUCUCCACGGAAGCAUCCCUUUUCUUGGGAGAAUGUAAGCACCCUGCUAAGAGGCACAGGUGAUGGUGAACCCCACAAGCCCCUUUCCUCCUCAGUUCCUAGCAGUACCUCUCAACUCUGCCACACGUAUGUUCCCACCGGGAAACUUUCUGGGAAGCAAGGGUGAAUAGACAGCAGACAUUCCAGAACCUCCCUAUGACUCCCAAAGAGUCCCAACUUGUUUGGCAGUCUGUAAAAGACAGUGCCUUCCUUCUCUUUUGUCCCCAGACCUACCCUCACUGUCCUGUAGGUGACUGAGGAAGGCUCAACCCAAAACAGGGUGGGCAGCUGCUUUCCAGUGAAACCCAGAAUGAGGUCCUGGUCUUGUUGCUUUAUUUGGGUUUAAAAAUCAAGUCGUGUGACGGUGGAAACUCUCUCCCGCUGUUCCCCACUCUCUGCCAUGUUGACAGAAGAGGACUUGCUAAUUCUGGCUGGGGAUUUUCCCUGCCUGACUGUUUUUCUCUUUUAUCUCCAUCAAUUGAAGAGAGCUUGCUCUGCCUUUCAAACUGCCGGAAGAAACUGGGGUUUUGUGUAUUUUUUUUCUUUCACCUAAUUCUGUGGUCUUUUCCCAGAUAUGUAUUUUCUCUCUAACUACCUUCUAACUUGUUGACGUUUCCGCCCAUGUGACUUCCAGCUUGAAUUACCAGAAACCACAAGAGAGAGCGUGUGCGCAAGCCCCAAAGUAAGCGAGAUGUCCCUUUGGGGAGCAGUCCCUCUGCACCCCAGAGACAGGAGGACACAGGGGGCUGUCGGAGUUGGCUGCCGGGCAAGCAGGGGAGGCACCUGUGGAAGGUGGAGGGCUGGUGGCCCCCUAGCAGUCAGAAAGGGGAGCCAGCUAGUGAGCCGAUCGCCCAGAGACGUCUGGGCCGUUGUGGGAGAGUCCGGAAGAUUACAGCCAUGCCUCACAGCUCCGACAGCAGUGACUCCAGCUUCAGCCGCUCUCCUCCCCCGGGCAAGCAGGACUCAUCCGACGAUGUGAGAAAAGUUCAGAGGAGAGAGAAGAACCGCAUUGCUGCCCAGAAGAGUCGACAGCGGCAGACACAGAAAGCCGACACCCUGCACUUGGAGAGUGAAGACCUGGAGAAACAGAAUGCUGCUCUCCGCAAGGAGAUCAAACAACUCACAGAGGAGCUGAAGUACUUCACGUCCGUGCUGAGCAGCCACGAGCCCCUGUGCUCCGUGCUGGCCAGUGGUGCCCCCUCACCUCCCGAGGUGGUGUACAGUGCCCACGCCUUCCACCAGCCUCACAUCAGCUCGCCGCGCUUCCAGCCCUGAGCCCCCAGAUGGGAAGAGGGCAGAACCCCAGUUGAUGCUACUCCCACAGGUCUUCGGAGGGGCAUGAAAGCCGAGGCCUGGCUACCCUCAUACCCCCAUCCGGAGAGCCAGCGGCAGAGGCCUGGGCAAGUACUGAACGCAAGAACUGUAGUGGCCAGAGGGACUUGGAGUCUCCAGCAGAGUAGAGCCCAUGUACUGGACGCCACGUGAAGGAGAAGCAGCCCCGAGUGACGUGGAUGUCUAAGGCCCACAGCACAGAGGAAGGAGGGUAGGGAGGGGAUACUUUUCUAAAUAAAUAUUUUCUAAGAAACCA